AUGUUUUUAGAAUUAGGAGAGAUUUACACUCACAUAUCUAACUUCGAAUAAGCAUCUUAUUAUAUCUACAAAGCUGAAAAAUUAAUUUUAUUUAUUGAAUAAAAUUUUUUAGCUAAUUAAGAUCUAAUUGAUUUUUUCUAAUCCAAAAUUAAUUAUAUCUUUGGUACUAUUUGCAUUAAAAGAAAAUUAUAUAAAUUAGGCUGUGAAUGCUUGGCAUCUUGCCUUGAGGAUACUUUGAUUCAAGAAGCUACUGUUAUUUAAAGGAGUUUAAUAUAAAUUCAACAAGUAUUUGAAAUGUUUGAAAUAUCAACAAGUAUAAUCGAAAAAUAAAUAAAAAAAUUUUAAUUUUUAGAAUUUUAAUCAGAUUCAUCAAUUCUUUAGCCAUAUUUUUUGUGUAAAAAUGGGAAUUUACUUUAAGAGACAAAAGAAAAAUAAGGGCUAAUAGAUUUUUUAAUUGUAUUUGAAAUAUUACCAUUCGAAUCACCUGAGUAAAUGAAUAUUUAAAAGCGAAUAUCAACAUGGAUUCAAAAAAAUUAUAUUUGUAGUAAAGAUAGGCUUUAUAUUUCAUUUUACUGCUGCAGUAAGCUCAUAUUAACAUUUUAAGCUAAAGAUUUUUUAAAUGAUAGAUACUUUGACCUAUGCAUUUAACAGUUAAGAAUUGAAUAAAUAAAAUUAAUUAAAGAAUAUCAAGUUUCAAAUCCUGAUAUUUUGAACAAGACUAAUAAAGAACUUUCAUUAGAAUAUAAUUCUAAAUAUGAAAAUGGGUGGUCUUAUAUUUUAAUUUCCUCAUUAGAAUAAUUUUUCGAAACUUAAAAUUCAUUAAGUGAUUAAUUCCUCUUUAAGGAAAAAAAUGCUUUCAAAGACUCCAAAUUAAUUGAUAAAGCUCAAACAAAUAAAUAUAUAUUAAGAUAAAAUAGUAAACUGAGUUAAGCAAAUAGCUAAUACAAAUUUUGUUUUCCUUUCAUAACUAAAAAGAAGUAUUGGAUUUAAAUUUUUUGA